AUGAGAGAUCGCUACGAUGAAGAUCAACCACUUCAUGUAAAAAUUCGCGGCCUCUUUUCCGAUACUCCAAUAUGUGGUAAUGUCAUGCUCCAGUUUGUGGAAAGGAUCUGGCCAGAGCUGGAGAGUGGGUAUGCCUUGUUGAUGCGAGAGAUGAGGCAGUAUUGCACUCGCCACGUCAACGUUCCUAAUACAGUGACUGGUCGGGUGAAAUCUCGUGAUUCGAUCGAAAAAUCCAUCAAGCGUCGCGAAGAAGAUCGGAUAACUCGUGGGAAAGGCCCCUAUACAAAAAUUGACGAGAUACUGGAAGAUCUUCAUGAUCUUGUGGGUAUCCGAAUUACUGUUGACUUUCUCUCCGACACGAAGCUGGCCGACGCAUUCGUCAAGAAAUUCUUUCAGCCAACGAAAGGCCCCAACGUCUUUGACCGGGAUCGCCCUGUUGGCAAGCAGUGGAACGCAUUAUUUGGUGCCUAUGAGAGUACAAACCAUCACGUCAUAGUUAGGCCUGAGGUUCCUAAUAUAUCUCAUAAAUUCGACAACGUCACGUUUGAGAUUCAGGUCACAUGUCUAGCAGAGAGCCUCUACAACAAGCUAGCUCAUCCUCUAUUGUACAAGGAAAAUUAUGGUAGCAUUUCACGGAAGGAUGAGAUGGUCAUUGACUUGAGUCAUGGAGUUGCGCUCUGCUUCUCCAUCUGCCAUCUGCUAAUGCAAGACAAACUAGAUGACGGAGCAAAGUCUAUAGAUGAACCAGGUCUAAGAGAUGCGAUGAUACGGACGGCAGUUGACCCUGAAAGCGAACCAUCCCGCGAAGCUAUGGACGCUUUAACAAAGCUCACACCAGAAGUCGUUUCACAGAAUGUCCAGGGAAAUAAAGGCUCCAAUUUGAAGAGGCGCAGAUCGUUUGGACAGAGUAUACCAAUUGACUCUCUUCUUGGAGUGCUAUCUGAGUCUCCAAAAGAGGUCGAUUCCAACGGAGACCUCUGGACGGGCUUCAUUAAGAAAAUAGAGGACUGGGGCUUGGGCUUCAAAGAGGUCAACAUGGCUAUACAGAGCCAGACUGAGACACUUCGUCAAUUUCAACUGGACGAAAAGGAUCAGCAGUGCCUGCGCGACUUGCUUGUCAUCAACCCUGAGGACCAUAAAGCACUCAUAGAGCGCACAAAGGGUGGACUACUGAGGGAUGCAUACCACUGGAUCUUACACCAUGAAAUCUACAACAAAUUUCGGCAAGAUUCGAAAAGGCGUCUCCUAUGGAUCAAGGGAGACCCGGGCAAGGGUAAGACGAUGCUUCUCUGCGGCAUAAUUGACGAGUUGAAGAAAGGCUCCAGAGAGCUAGUAACAUAUUUCUUCUGCCAAGCCACGCAGGAACAGAGCCAAAGAAGUGCUCCGGCAGUGCUUAGAAGCCUAAUAUGGCUUCUUUGCCAACAGCGGCCAGAUUUAGUACAUCACAUACGGGAGAGCUAUAGUAUUCAAGGGAAGAAGCUUUUUGAAGAUCUGUGUGCGCUAGACGCCCUGGAGAAAAUCCUUCGCGCCAUGCUCGGCGACUCGGCUUUGGGAAGCGCUAUCUUUGUCAUUGAUGCAUUGGACGAAUGCUCUGAUGAUGAUAGAUGUGACAUUAUUCGUCUUAUCAUCGAGCUUUCUAAGAAAUUUGACGCCAAAUGGGUUGUUUCAAGCCGAAACUGGCCUGAUAUCGAGGAUCAGUUUCGAAGCGACUGCAGCGAUGUCGAGGUGUCUCUGGAAUUGAACAAAGCUUCCGUUUCCAAGGCAGUGGAAUAUUUCAUUCAAAAGAAGGUAGACGACCUGGAAAGAAUUAAAAAAUAUAAACCCAAGAUGAAGCAGGAUAUUCUCAAAACUUUACAGCGCAAGGCCAGCGACACUUUCCUUUGGGUAGCCUUGGUGUGUGAAGAACUAGCACGCCCUCAGACUAAGCUUCACCAUACGAUGAAAAAGUUGGAAUCCAUGCCAGAAGGGCUGGGCGGCCUUUACGAACGGAUGGUAGAGCAGAUCUUUGCCAGUGACGAUGGGCCUAUUUUACAACAGAUCCUUGCUACUACAUGCACUGCCUUCCGCCCCAUGACGAUCGAUGAGCUCUAUACUCUAGUUACAGAGCUCAAAGAUGUCGGCGUUGAACCUGAAAACUUGGAAGAUGUCAUAAAAGACUGCGGCUCGCUUCUGACUACGCAGGAAAGAACUGUCUACUUUGUGCAUCAAACAGCUCAAGACUUUUUGAGCAACUCAAAAAGGAUAUUGUCAGAUGGGAUCCCGCAUCAACACUGGCACAUGGUUGAACGCUCUCUAGCUGCUAUGGGAGGACUUAAGAGGAACAUCUAUGAUCUCGAAAACCCGGGGGUGUUUGUCGAAGAGAUUACGCGGCCUCGUUCUGACCCAUUAGCUGGUUUGGAAUAUCCCUGUGUUUUCUGGGUGGACCAUCUCGAGGAAUUCCAAGACUGGCCCACGCGGGCAGAAGAUAAGAUUGAGGCCUUCAUCAGGGGCCAGCUCUUGAGCUGGCUGGAAGCUGCAUCUUUAAUGAAGAAAAUGCCAGAGGUAGUAAGGGCAGUGAAGAAGCUUGUAUCCAUCAUCGGGCGCAAUGGAAGCCAAAGCUUAAAUGACCGCGCUGAAGAGAUGCAAAGGUUUGUGUUUUAUUUCCAACAGGUAAUCAAGAUAGCACCUCUCCAAGUCUAUGAAUCGGCUCUCGUGUUCAGCCCCACGGGCAGCUUAGUCAAGCAAGACUACCAAGGCAAGGAGACAACAAGAGUGGAAAUAACUUCAGGCUUGCGAACCAACUGGGACGCUACCUGCGCGCACAUACUCGAGGGCCAUACAGGCGCCAUAAUCUCUAUAGCAUUCUCCCAUGAUGGUUGCCUGAUAGCUUCUACCUCUCGCGACGCGACUGUGAGGAUCUGGGACACGUCCUCGGGGCAAUGCAUUCAGAAGCUGGACUUUGAUCCACAGGGAGGGAGUGUGUCAUUCUCAUGUGACGGGCGGUUGCUCGCGAUGGCUUCGCAUCAUUACGGCGAUCCUAUCAAAAUAUGGGACCUUGGGGCCAACGAAUUUGCACCCGAUAUUAUCAUUAACAUCCACGAAAAGACCGAGUGGGUCCAGUUUUUGGCACCGCGCAAUGAACUGAUGGUCGUUCUAGAUGAAAUAGUCAUUUCAAACAAGGGAUUUGGUCGAAGCGUUGAGGUAUGGAAUGUGACCAAGUCUAGCCGUGUCCACAAGAUCCGCACGAUCUGCCAUGGUCACUUCACGGUCUCUAUAGACGGUCGACAACUGGCGUCGGACAUUCCUGAUGUGUGGGGUGCCAGAGUGUGGGAUUUGACCACCGAAGAUGAAGAUUUUUGUUUGACCACCGAAGACGUUCUCCAGGAAUUCAAGGGUGGAUACCCACUUUCCUUUUCUGCCGCCGACCCAAAUGUGCUUGCCUUAUACUCUGAUGAGAUCGAAAUCCGAAACACGGAGACAGGCGAGUGCAUGCAUACUUUACCGAUCAAGGUGGGCACCAAGUUCAGCGAUGGUCCUUUUUGCUUGGGACCCGGAUUUGUCGCAUCGGCUGACCGCCAUGCCCAAACAAUUGAAAUCUGGACUUUGGAGGGAGCUGGCACCCAAACUCUUGUUGGCCAUUCAGGCAUGGUUAGAAAGCUCGCAUACUCGCCAAGCAGACAGUUACUCGCCUCAGCAUCAGAUGACCGCACUAUCAGGCUCUGGGAUAUGUCAAUAGACGCGCCAAUUGCACAGGAGGCUGAGGACCGCCAGGCCCCUGUGUCUUUACUCAAGUUUUCAAACAAGCAGCGGUGGCUUGCAUCAGCGGCGAAGGCAAAGCCGGCGUAUGAUGGCAGUCUGUUCAGCGUCGAAAUUUGGGACAUAGCCACCCAGACUUGCAUUCACACAAUGCCUUACAACGAAUACCUCGGGAUGCUGGACCGGGUUCACCUGUUCUUUUCAAAAGAUGAUCAGUGGUUUGCUUAUACCGCUCAGAAGAGCCUUAGAAUAUGGGACACAACCAAUUGGGGUUUACUUUUGACGAAGUCUAGGGAAGUCCUUGACUUUUCGUUUUCCCCGAAUUGUUGCAAUGCUGCACUACUCCAACGAGUGAAGGACAUAUGGUUUCUCGGCGAGAUCCUCGUAUGGGAUCUCCCUAAAAUGAGUUUUCAUGUCAUCCUAUUAGAAGAACGUGAACCAAGCUGCCUCGCGUUUUCUGGAAAUGGCGAAUGGAUUGCGGUGGCCUCUUUGAAUAAGCUUAGUAUCUAUAACUUAAAGUCGCCUGCCACAAUACUCUCAGCCAACAUUCGGGGCAUCAAGGUAUUGCAGGCCGCUUCAUCCACAGAUUUGAGAUUUUACACCAAUAUGGGGAUUGUAUACAGAAAAGGGGACCAUGGUCUUAAGAUAAACCGCAGCGAGACAUGGUACUCAAAAAGUUUAAUAACUUACAAGGUCAGUGAAGACAGAGAAUGGAUUGUCAAGGGCGAUGAAAGGAUUCUUUGGAUCCCCGCUGAUUAUAGGUUAUCAAUAGCAGUCACAGAGUCAAAUCUGGCAAUGGGCAGCCCUUCAGGGGGCAUAGUAUGGGGAAAGUUGCCUUGA